GAGCUGAUUGAAAAUCUCCCGGAGGUCUCAGAGCCAAGCUCCAUCAUUUCCAGCUCCAUGGCCGCGGUUUACAAUCUCAGCAAACUGAAGCCGCCACUGGCCCUGGAGCUGGAAUCUCGCCUCCUGCGGGCUCUUCUCCACAGGAUCAUUACCAUGGGCACUGGGAACGACACCCCCCAGUUCCGGGCUCUGCACAAGAGCUAUUUACAGAGCCUGGACAGCAUGCUCAGGGGCCUGCUGAGCGAGACCCCCACCUUGGAGAAGCUGCAGCACCUCUUGGAGCAUGUCCAUGUCUGGCUCCAUUCAAAAAAGGCCCAGGAGAGAGCUAGGGCCAUACAAAGCAGCGCGGCCCUGCUUGAAUUUGCCAGCUGCCUGCCUGGAUUUGAC